CUCCAAACCCAAAAUACCUCUCCGUCUGCCUCUGCCUCUGCCUCCGUUAAUUUCAUCGGUUUCAGGCAGGCAGGAUGCAGCCGCACAGCCACAGCCACUACAACAACAGCUUGUCGCCGCCGGAAAUGAGCGACCGCGACGUCGACAUGCACAUCCUCACCUCCCUCAUGGCCGACAUGGAGCCCGACUCCUCCUCCUCCUCCUCCUCCUCCAGCUCCGACGACUCCGACGUCAUGCACCUGCAGCUGCGGCACGCCGGACCAGCAGCACAGGCAGAGCCACCCAGGCAGCAGCAGGCCACCUUGAUCGGGGUGCGCAAGCGUCCAUGGGGCAAGUUCGCCGCCGAGAUCCGCGAUUCCACCCGCAAGGGCGCCCGCGUCUGGCUCGGUACCUUCGACAGCCCCGAGGCGGCCGCCAUGGCCUACGACCAGGCGGCCUUCUCCGUCCGCGGCGCCUCCGCCGUCCUCAACUUCCCCGUCCACCGCGUCCAGGAGUCGCUCCAGGCGCUCGCGCUCGGCGCCGCCGGGGGCUCGCCGGUACUCGCCCUCAAGCGCCGCCACUCCAUACGGAAGCGCCGCAAGCCCACCAAGCAGAUGCUGCUGCAACAGCAACAGCAACAACAGCAGGAGCAGCAGCGGCCGACGGGCCCGGGGGUGGUUGAGCUGGAGGACCUGGGCGCCGACUAUCUGGAGGAGCUUCUCCGGCUGUCUGAGUCAUCCUCCUCCUCCUCUUCUUCCUCCACCUACUUCUUCACUCCACCACAACCAACGUCAUCAAAUCGUCAUUGCUAGCUUAGCUUAGCCUCUGCACUGAUCAACCUCUUCCUCUUCCUGUAUACUCCAAUACUCAACGCUCUGCACCAUCCUAUAUAUUACUCCAUCGUCGUCGUCGUCAUAUAUUUAUACGUGCGCACUUUUGUACCAUUAAUUACGUAGUACUCCAGAUGGGAUUAUGGAUAGAUACAACAAAUAGAUCGAUCCAAACAUGCAUGCAGAGACAUAUGUAUUCUAUGACUUGGAGAUCCAUCGAUACCAGUGCAUGGAUACAUGGUUGAUUAACUCUUGUUCAAAGGUUCAGACAAUUAAUCAAUGUUAUGAACAUAUCUCCGCAGGAACCAAUUAAGUUAAUUGUAUGCAUGCUUUGGUACGAUCAAUCCAGUUUCGCUCAAUCUGAGUCAGUCUGAUGGCUUACUUUUCACUUGGACUUUUAGUUAGUUUAUUUAUGUUGUAUUAAUGCACACGUGACAUUAAAUAAGUCGGCGUUUGUAAUAAGCAGCCCGAAAACCAAAUGCAAAAUCUCAA